AUGGAUAUAACCGAAGUGGAAACAAUUCGGAAGCCUGAGGUGUCUAACUCGUCCAUGCCGCAGCCAUCUAAUGUGAAAUUUAACGCCCCAGAUAACAGAGACUUAUAUGAUGAAAAUGGUUCGCUGAAAGUGCGGCGUUCCAAUCGAGAAAUCCGAAAACCCAAAUUUGAUGACGAAAUUGUUGAUAGUAUUUCUACGGCUAAAAUAGUGCAAAGAAAGAGGCCAAGCUCUGAAAGGUUGCAUCAUUCUCCGGAAGCUGCAGAUCGUUUCGUGGAAAAAACUCAGGCGGCGACCCGAGUGAAACUUGGUAAGAGGCAGUGGCGUACUACAGAAACGAACGUUGGAGCUCCUGUUGAAGUUAAAAGUUUUAAGAAGUUUCCAGCAAAACCCGUUUGCCAGACGCAGUCUGUUGUUUUUACAGAUAAAAAAAGACGUGAACGGUCUACAAGUAAAGAAGCACGAACAAAGGAGUUAGCAACGUUAGCAUCACAUACAGCAAAUUUCGGUAUCGGUUUAACCGAAUCGUUGAAAAAAUGGACUGCACUAGAUGAUGUUGCUCUUAUAACAGCAGUAACUCGGGUAAGCAGUCUUGCUGCUGUUCAUGGAGCCGUUCGUUUUUCACGUCCUUUUACUCGAGCUGAGAUUGAAGAAAGGUGGUAUGAAUUACUAUACGAUGAGGUCGUCUCGAAUGUUGCAAAGAGGCGAAUUGCAGAUCUUUCUGUGGAGACUAUAAGUGCAGUGCAAUCAAGAACGGUUUUUACUGUUGAAGAAGAAGAACUGUUAUCAGCUAUUCCGUCUGCAACUACCGGUACUGAUCUUGCAGUAUUUGAGCAGGUGUUGGAACGAAAUAAGGAAGCAUUCCAUCAUGCUCGUACUGCAUAUGUUUUACAACAGCAUUGGUUAGAAAUGAAGAACUGGGAUUUAUUGCAAGAUCAAAGGAAGGCUAGCAAUCGUGUCCUGGAUUUUGCGGAAAUUGAGCAAAGCCUGGAAUGGAAUGGCGGCUGGGAUCGGCAUAUUAGUUUCGAAGAGACGCGUUUGUGCAAGGCAGCAGUUUUGACCGAACGUGCCUGGCUUGAGUGGGAAAAAAUACAUGUUGAAGCUGUAAGUGGAAUAUCCGACGAUUCACAAAUGGGCGAGGGUGUUUGGGGUGUUUUGAAGGGGCGUGUAGUGCGCUAUUUAUUGCGGGGCGAAACUAUUCUAAUAGGUCGCAAUACACAGUUUCAUAAUGUUGAUAUUAAUCUGGCUCUAGAAGGACCGGUUGCAACAAUCAGUCGAAAACAAGCCAUUUUGAAAAUAAUACAAAAUCAGCAAGCCAAAACAGUGGAAGUAUUCUUAUCCAAUGUUGGAAAACCUCCCAUAUAUGUCGAUGGUAAAACGUUGCUAAGUGGUGAUAAAACAAGACUAUUUAGUAAUGGACUGAUAGAAAUCGCUCAAAUACGUCUUCAGCUGUUCAUUGCUAUAGCGUGCACUAGUAACGGCGAAAAUAGUAGCAACAGUGAUAGCCAACAAAUCGGAACCAAACUAGCACCAAACGAGCAACAACCGUGUAAAGCAUUAUCAUCCAUUGUUCUACCACAGCAACUGACGUUUUGA